AUGGCAUUGUACAACCGGGAGAUGCUUCACUUUGGCUAUUUCCAGCAGCUUCAAGCCCUGUUAUUUGCUGUAGAUGAGAUAAACAGAAAUGAGAACCUUCUACCCAAUAUAACCCUGGGUCUCCAGUGGUAUGACACUUGUGGGGUGAUACCUGUGAACACAGCCGCAACUCUACAAGUGCUAACUGGAAGCAAUGUGGCCAUCCCCAACUACCAAUGUCUACACAAUGCUCCUCUCAGCGCUUUUAUUGGCUCAGCUUCCUCCACCCACUCUAUAGCUGUUGCCAAUAUUCUGGGGCUCUAUCGCUACCCUCAGAUCAGCCAUUAUGCCACAAGUUCCCUCUUGAGUAAUCGUAUAAAAUUCCCUUCCUUCUUUCGAACCGUGCCAAGCGAUGCAUUUCAAUCCAAAGGCCUGGCCGAGCUAGCUCUGCACUUUCAUUGGCUGUGGAUUGGUCUUCUGGCUGUAGACAAUGACUACGGACAACAAGGAAUCCAGCUAGUCAAACAGGAGUUAACCAAGGCUGGAGCCUGUGUGGCCUUCACCGAGAAUAUUUUGACCAGCAAGCAGGACCGCAAUGCUCCACGAAUAGUAAAAGUGAUAAAGGAAUCAACAGCAAGAAUUAUCGUUGUCUUCUCGGCUGGUCUUGAUUUGCUGCCUAUUCUUGGUGAGAUGACAAAGCAAAACAUCACUGGAAAAACAUUUGUUGCCAGCGAAGGGUGGUCCACAACUACUUUGCAGUACAUAGGAGCCUUCUCUCAUCUCCUUGCCGGAACAGUUGGCUUAGCUUUUUACAGCGAGGGAAUUCCAGGGUUUCGUGAAUAUCUCUACAAGAUCCAUCCUAACAUGACCCUGGGAGGAAAUUUGGUGAAGUCAUUUUGGGAGGAAGCAUUCAGCUGCAAGUUUCCAAAUGGUGAGAAUUUGCCAAGCCAAGGAAACGUUUGCACUGGAGAAGAGAGUUUAGGGAGCAUCAAGAACAGCUACAAUGAUGUCUCCAAUUUACGGGUGGCCUACAACAUCUACACUGCAGUUCAUGCUGUGGCUAAAGCUUUGCAGGAUCUCCAACACUGCCGCAAAGCAGAAGGUCCGUUCUCUCAUGGCAGUUGUGCAAAUAUGCACAGUUUUACCUCCUGGCAGCUGCUGUAUUAUAUGAAGAGGGUGAAGGUCGAUUUGAGCAGUGGGAGAGAGCUUUACUUUGAUGUGAAUGGAGACCCACCAGCCGUCUAUGACAUUGUGAAUUGGCAGAUGACCCCAGAAGGGAGUAUAACACAGGUCAAGGUUGGCAGUUAUGACACCACAGCUGAUCCUGGUCAGGUCUUUACCAUUAACUCAAGCCUUUUGUUGUGGUCCACAAAAGGUCAAAAGGUUCCUGUGUCAGUAUGCAGUGAGAGUUGUCAACCAGGAUAUAGAAAAGCUGCUAAGAGUGGACAGGCUGCUUGCUGUUUUCAGUGUGUCCCCUGCCCACAAGGAGAUAUCUCAAACCAAACUGAUUCUCUUGAUUGCUUCAAGUGUCCAUGGAAUGAAUGGCCGAAUCUGGAAAAAUCCAAUUGCCUUCAAAAACGAGUUGAGAUCCUCUCUUUCCAUGACCCAUUAGGGUCAACUUUGGCAGCCACAGCUAUUGUGUCAUCCAUAGUUCCUAACUUAAUCUUGAGACUUUUUACUUGUAACAGAUCCACCCCCAUAGUAAAAGCCAACAACUUUUUCUUAAGUUGUCUCCUCCUGGGGUCCCUUUCUCUUUGUUUUCUAUGUUCGUUAGCUUUUAUUGGGUACCCUCAACCUGAGAAUUGCUUCCUGCGUCAAGUUGCAUUUGGCUUGGUUUUUACUCUGUGCAUUUCUUGUAUUUUGGCCAAAACCAUUAUGGUGGUAUUUGCUUUCAUGGCAACAAGGCCAGGGAGCACUCUAAAGAAAUGGACUAGACCUCGAGUGUCCUAUAUGAUUAUUUUAGUAUGUUUCUUACUGCAGUUCCUACUUUGUAUGACAUGGUUAUUUAUGGCUCCACCUUUUCCACAAUACAACACACAAAGUCAACCUAUGUUCAUCAUCAUUGAGUGUAAUGAGGGCUCCCCUGUUGCCUUCUGGACCAUGUUGGGUUACCUCUUUCUCCUGGCCACUAUUAGUUUUAUGGUUGCCUUCCUGGCUCGGAGACUCCCUGACAGCUUCAACGAAGCCCAGUUUAUUACCUUCAGCAUGCUGGCCUUCCUCAGUGUAUGGAUAUCUUAUAUCCCAGCAUCCCUCAGUGCCCAAGGAAAAUACACGGUGGCCAUGGAGAUUUUUGCUAUCUUGGCUUCCAGUUGGGCUUUGGUCAUCUGUAUGUUUCUUCCUAAAUGUUUCAUAAUUUUGUUCAGACCUGACAUUAACUCUAAAGAAUAUCUUAUGAGAAAAGACAGAAGACAGUAG